AUGCCCGUCUCAAAGAUUCGAGCCAAAGUCCGAGCCACCCGCCAGAAGCGCCACAUCCCCUCCGUCAGAAAGUCCUUCCUAAACGAUGUCCCAGCCGAUACGAUUGAAGAGAAGCGAGCUCGCAUGAUGGACUCCCGCGCCUCUGUAUAUCCAGCGCGAUAUCAUGAUCUCUUUGCUGCAGAGAGCAGUGAUGACGGAGUCAACAAGUACUGUAGGUCCGAAUAUGGCAAUCGUAGUGGCAGUGGCGAGACCAUAGAGGUCGUCCCUGCUCUACAGCUGCUCCUCUCUCGCGAUGUCGAACGUCUACCGCCCAAUACGCUGCCGAUGGAACUCGUGGCGGUCGCGUCUUUCAGAGUGAAUGAGGCCGCUUCUGCUCUGCAGGAGCUGUGCACAGCCUUUAGUACUCGUACUGCCCUGGAGAAUGAAAGAGACACGCCGGCAACGCCGACUCUGAAGCACAAGAAGUCAUCGACCAAAUCAGCGAAGCAAGUGGCGGUUGCAGAUGCUCGAAGUAAAUCCUUCUUCCAAACUCUUAACAGGCUGGACGAGCUGAUCGAGCUGAGGCAGGCUGUGGCGAAUCUGCACGAUGCUUUCACGUCCAAUACACUGGAGGUAGUGCGACAAGCCCAGGCACUGAAGUCGAAGGAGAAUCGACGGAUCCCUCGCAAGGCCGUUCCGCCUUUGACGAACAUCGGACGAUCCGACGUGUUUCUGGACUCUGUUGCUAGGCUAGAGGCGACUUCACCAGUCAUCAAUCGCUUCCGCAUGUCUCUAGCCUCGGACCUUUGCCCGUUUCCUACCAUUGCUGGUUUGCACACACUGGCUGUCGACACAGAGUCUGAGGCGGUCCGGGAACGGCUAGAAAGCGAUGCAAUGAUGAAGGCAUUGGGUGUACGCCCCUUUCAUCCUUGUCAAGCUGCACCUUCACCUCGGCGAGAGGACAGAAAGAGCUCACUCGAAGUCAUCGGUACGCUUCCAUCGACAAGACGCUCAUUCGACAGUGCGUCUUCUUGCGAUAUCAGCGAGUCGCAAACGACCGGCACCAGCGACCACGAUGAGAGUGGCAGCUCUGUCUCUCACUCUUCGUCCUCUGCUUCAAGCUACUCACAGACAGGCACAGGUGAGACUUCGCCACAGUCUGAGACCAGUCUGCCUGAAGUUGACCUAGGCAUGUGCGGGCCCUUUAGCGGACUGUCAUUCCUCAAGAUCGAUCCAAUGAAGGCUGCUCAGCAUCUCCAUGCUACGCCAGAUUCUGCUCUGCACUACCUUCAUCAUCCAGUCAGUCCAAAGACCGCGAGGAUCAAGGACGCCAAUGGCGACCCUUGGGUGACCUUCAGAUCUGAUGAGGAUGAUGGAGAUGGUGACGGCAGGUGUGCUCAGACGUCUGUCCAAUCUGAAGGCUUCCGUGAUCGUUUGGCUUCGGCACCUGAUGUAUUCCUGGUCGACCCUACCAAGCGGAACAUCGGAAGGAUCACCGAAGACAUGGCUCACCUCAACCUCUCUCACAGAAAGGCAAGCCUACAGGUACAGACGCUGGUCGGACAGAAGCCGGUGCGGCCCAAGAAGCAUCGUGAGCGCUCUUCGCCCAACGUCUCUCCCUCUGCUGACAAGCUUCCCGAGCAACAGUUCACCGCCCGCUUGCCACCUGUAGGUCAAGUUGAAGAGACAGUGCCAGAGGAGGUUCUGCAGAAUCAAAGCGAUGACCAGGACGGGCAAGAUCUGAUCAUUCCUGUGAGACCAGCGCCCGCUGCUGCUCCCAUCAAGGCAGCGACCAAACCGCCAUCAACCGUAUCGCAGUGCAUACCAGCUACUCUUCCACCUCCUGUGCCGAGCGCCAAGCUUCGCUCCCAACCUGGAGCCAAGCCGGUGCAGGUAAUGGCGCCGAGCUGCGAAGGCAAGGUAGCGCGAGUAGGUGAGAUUUGGGAGCGCCUACACAAGCGCGAGCUCGAGGACGCUACUACACACGCCCAACCCACCACCUCACAUCUCCCCACUGCCGAUCUUCCCCGUCCUCACCCUGGUCAUCUCGAUUUCACGCAAAGGCUCAGCACUGUGCCCUAUCGUCAACCGACCUCGAAAGGUACACGACGUCGACCGAGCGUCAUCGUGGGCGGUCAGAUCUGUGAUGUGCUCACAACACCCACCGCUUCGAACACGAGCUUCCAAGCUCUGACACCUCCGCCACCCACACCAAUGACUGCUCGAGAGGUCUCCUAUGCUGGCGAAACAUGCGGAGAUCAGAGGAACAGCCAUGCUGGGGACGACAAGCUGUCACAUCCUCCACAAGUCGAGAAGCCGGCGGAGGCAGCCGUGGUCAGUGGAGACGCAGGAAAAGCAGCACUACAUGCCCAGCUGAAGACCAUUGCAGAGCUGGAAAGCCCUCUCAAGACGGGCUCGGAGGAUCGAUCGCGCCCGGCGUGGUGGAAGGAGCAAGCGGAAAUGGUGGAAAGGGCGGACAAGAGAAAGGAAGAGCUCGCGUCGAUUGAGGCAUCGAUGGCUAGCUUCGAGUGA